AUGGUUGUAGAAUACAAAGGGUUCAGAGAGCGUUGGCAAAGCAGUGCCGCUGCCGCUGGCGCCCCAGUUUUGCAUGCAGAUGUUUCAGAACUUUCCCCAUCGAGUUGUCAACAAUCGAACAAUGGCUGGGAACCUGUGGGUGAUGUUGAUUCUUUAGACCUUUUUGAAUUGCCAAUGGAUGACUGUGAUGAUGCUGCCGCUACAGAAGGGGGAUCAGCUCCUGAAGAUUCAGACCGUCGGGUGCCCAUUUUUAUGCGUCCGACACCCAAGUCAGUAGCUUCACCUUCAAACAAAUUGUCAUCGGUUAGCAUGUCCAUCAAGCUAACUGCAGAUGAAAUGGCAUCAAAACAGGUUCACAAGGUCAUCGCUGACAUUAAACAACCAUGGCAGAUGGGUCCUUUGGCUGGUUUGUUUUCGAAGUUCAAGACGAUGGUUCUGCUGGACUUGGACUGCACGCGUUUAGGCUCGACCACCCCAUCGCAACUGGUGGAAGCGUUGAUGUUUGCUGACAACUUGUUGGGCUUCACUCAGGAAUCUCAUGCAGAAAGCUGGAAUCAUUUCUUGAAUUCCUGGUCCGAGAGCGCUCACUGCUGGGUGGAUUCAAGGAUGUCAACUGCUGAAGCGACGGGCUGGUUGCGUGAGCUUCUUGAACCGCAUGUUGGGCCUGAGCGUGCGGUCAAGUUGACAGUGCAUGGCCUCAAGGCCACCUUACUUAGUUGGGCGGCCAAGAGUACAAUUUUCACGGCAGACGAGCAACUUGCUUUGGGUCAUCAUGUGCACUCCUUGUAUCGGUCCUCUAUGAUCUAUUCGAGGGACAAUCAAAUCAAGUUGUGCCACAAGCUGAACCAGAUGUUUGCCAAGAUCAGAAAUGGACAAUUUGACCCGGACGCGACAAGAGUGAAUCGGCUUUUCCAGCUGGCUUACAAUGCAAUUUUGGAGAAUGAAAGUGCUGAUGACAGCAGUGAAUCAUCAUCAGACUCGGAUGCGUCCUCAAUUGCAUCGUCGGAUGGUGAGCAUGACAGUGUAUCACAGAAGCCUCAUUUCAAAAGGCUUGAUGCUGACAACAUGGAGGCCGAUCUGUGCCUGAUCAAUACCAAUUCACAGGUGAUUCAUCUGCUUGUUUCCGAGGAUGAGAAGUUUUGGUGUGGUAGACACCCAUCAGCCUCUUUUAGAAAGGCAUCGCGUGAAGAUCUGAAUGCGACAGAGGUUGACACAGCACUUGCUUUGGACAACACAGGUGGCCUUAGACUCAGCAAAAAGCAAAGGCUGGACGAUGUGAACGUUACUGGUGAGCACAAGUUGCGUCAAGCCUUCCUCAGGAGAUCUUUAGCAUAUGAUCUGUCGGGCAUCGCUUCAUUCUCUGUUUUGGACCUGUGGACUCAAAAGCUGUUUGAGAAAAUGAAUGAGGCACCACUUGCCAGCUAUAGGCACAUCAGCGUUGAGCAGGCCAUCAAUGCAGACAAGGCGCUUUGGGUAAAGGUUUCAAAUGAUACGCGCGGCAGCUUGCAGCCGAAGACUGGUGCAGACAAACCAGUUGACGUCUCCUUUACGAAGUUUGCGGAGCACCCUGAAGUUCUCCAACAUUUGAAUCCUUUGCAGAGUCUUGGAGGAUACAAGAACGAUCAACAUCAGCCGUCUUCAUCAACGGGCAAGGGCAAAGGCUUCCAGCAAUCUGAUGGAAAAGGCGUCUGGGCUUUCAAGUUUAUCCGAUUGAUCAUGCUGCAAAUCGCCAUGCUGCCAAGUUGCAUUUUGCAGCGGGCUAACUCAAUGGGCGUUGAGCCUAAAGUGCGACAGCGGCUCAAAGACUUGUUGAAACUGAAAAUGGUUGAUGAGCUGAGAACAGAAGAGGGUGAAUUGAAAGCCUCAAUGCACCCCGACGUGAGAAAAUGUGUUCAGACAAAGAACAUCAUUCUUUUUGAACGCCUCUUGUCGAACCUGGAAUAUUGGGACCUGAAUGUGGUGAACCUUUUGAAAUUUGGGGUUCCCCUUGUGGGGCUUCAAGCUGCGCCAAAUGGUUACUUGAAACACUUGGUUCCAGCUAGCAUGACUGAGGGCGAGCUCUGCGAGUCGGCCAGGUGGCGCCGCCAGGCCAUCAUGAUGAGCGCACGAAGUCUUGGCGUUCCUGAGGAAGAAGCUUUGGUAGAAGCCACCGCGUCUGAAGUCAGCAGAGGUUUCUUGCAGGGGCCAUAUACUGAGGACGAAAUGACAGUGCUCAUGGGCUCAGAUGACUGGACCCUCAAUCCUAGGUUCGUUCUUUUCCAAGGAUCAAACAACAAAGUGCGUGUCAUUGACGAUGCCAAGCAAGGUUCUGUCAAUGCAGCCUACUCAUCCACCAUUAAGUUGCAGUUGCAGGACGUAGAUUAUGCAGCGUCCAUGGCAGUUGAAAUCAUUCGUGCAUCCUCUCAGCUGGAUGCGCAGUCUUUGGAAUGGUUGGGUAAGACUUUUGACUUGAGCAAGGCUUACAAACAACUUGCAGUGCUGCCAGAACAUCAAGUGCAUGCGGUGGUUGGUUUCCCCGUGAAGGGGGUUUGGCGUUUUUACAAGAGCAUUUCACUUCCCUUUGGAUGCACUGGUAGUGUCUAUGGUUUCGUUCGAGUAUCACAAGCCAUAUGGUUCAUUGUUUCGAAAACCCUUCACUGCAUCACCUCUCACUACUUCGAUGACUUCCCUACGAUAGAGCGUACCGAAGGGUGCAAGGUGUUAACACUUGCUUUCAGCGCGAUAUUGGAUCUUCUUGGAUGGGAACAUGCAAAAGAGGGCGACAAGGCCCUGGGAUUUGCGGCAGCGUUUGAUCUUUUGGGGGUCACCUUUGACCUUUGCAGUGUGCCUCGAGGGGUUCUCAAAAUAAUGAACAAGGAGUCCCGCAUUGACAAGAUUUGCAGUAUGUUGGCCGACAUCGAGCAGACGAGAUCCAUAAACCCAGCCAAAGCCAGUGAAAUUCAGGGGCUAUUAAAUUUUGCUGUAAGAUUCUACAUGGGCCGUGGACUCAAACACCUUGUUUCAGCAUUCAUGCCUUUCACCGAGGGUCAUAAAGCUGCGCAUGCGGAUGAACUGGUUGCUCUGUGCGCAUAUGCUAGGACCAUGUUGCAAAGCCAGCGACCUCGUGAACAUUCCCUUACCGUGACUACGCGGCCUGUCUUGAUUUUCACAGAUGGUGCAUAUGAAAACGGGGUCGCAACUGCUGGAGCGGUGGUGGUUGAUGGCCCCAUGAGAUUAGCUUACGUGAUCAGGGUCCCAGAAUCUUUGGUCAAACUUUGGACAAGGGUUGCAGGAGAACAGAUCAUUUCCCAAGUUGAGAUGUGGGCUCUUGUAUCAGUCCGAUGGUGCUUACGUAAACUUUUGCAUGGCCGUCGAGUCAUCGAGUGGAUUGACAAUGAAGCUGCGAGAGUUAGCGCCAUCAAAUCGAACAGCCCCUCCGUUUCAAUGAAAGUUUUAGCUCGCAUUCUGGCAGACUUGGAGAUUAAUUGGCCCAGCUUUUCCUGGACGGAACGCGUUUGCUCCUUCUCCAAUCCGGCAGACCUUCCAUCCCGUGGAAAAUUGGAAGUCGCACUAAGCCAAUACAACCUUGAUAACGGCGGAGUUCUAGAUGCUUCUGACCCCUUGGAACAACUGGUCCUUGAGUUGCAUCGAUCUCCAUACAAAGUUGCUCUUCAACACCUGGGGACACAAACUGAGCAACCAUGUGUCGACAACUCACAAAGUGAGAUUCACACACCAUAG